GUUUACGCUUCUGACGGUUGCCAAGGGGGAUUCCACUUAGAAAAAUCAUUGAUUUAAAGUGGAAUUUUAGUGAUUUUGAAGCCAAAAAGGAUAUUAUUCGCCGUUUACCAAUUUAUUUUAUUAUGAAUAAAUGAUAAAAAUUAGUUGAUAUGUCUACAAUAGCCAGCAGCCCCACUAGGACGGAGGCGACAGCGAGAGUCGAAAGGAAUACCAUUUUUCAUCCUUUGUCAAGGGCGACAGCACCGAGCGUCACCGGAACUUAUGACGACCGAUUAGAAGCUAAGUUAACCUUGCAGGAUUUAAAAGCUUUAGAAACUGCUUUUAUGUUUGAUGGUAACAGUCAUGACAAUAAACUAAGUUUGACGAAGCAUGAUUUCUGUGAGGCAUUGGAAUUGAUUUUAAGAAAGGGAACGCGACGUGAUUACAUAGAAUUAUUUGACGAGAUAGAUGUGCUAGGGGAAGGAACGGUUGAUUGGGAUAAAUUAACAACACAUAUGAUGAGAGAGUUUAAGGAAAAGGACGAUAAAGUAAAAUCCACUCAGGUGCCCCAAUGGAAAGAUAUAAAGCAUCUAUCAAGUAGUCCUCACAAGGAUAUUAUCCAAAGAUUUGUUUAUGUCAAACAAACUAAUAGAUACAUGGCCGUCUCUAAGGAAGGUUGCGUUUCCAUGUGGUCCUCUAACUUAAAAUUGCAAAGAUCUCUUAAAACACAAACUGAUGCUUGCAAACAAAGAGAUGUUUGGGUAACGCACUUUGUAGUCUUGCACAACGUGAAUAAAUUAGCGUUGUCCUUUACGAGUAAGGAAAUUGCUCUAUAUGAUCUAUCCAGCAAGUUGGACUUAAAACGGCAAUACUGCGUUCAGGGCUUAACGUAUACUCCUCUUUGUUUGGAGUACUGGGCUUCAGAAGACAACAGUAACGAAUCAUUACUUUGUUGGGGAGAUACCGCAGGACAAUUGCACGCUCUUCAUUUCAAUUCAGCGACAAUUGCUCUAUUUGAAAGACCAGCAGCGCCAACUAGUGAAAAACAAGAGCCCUGUUUAAAUGUCAAGUUAAUUGAUGUUACCAAGGGAAAAUAUAAAAAUGCUACCCACAUGAAAUACGAAGCUCAUACCGAAUGGAUUCGUCAUUUAAUUUAUUCCAGUCAUUUAGAGUGCUUCAUAACUUGCGCAACAACGUCAAAAUCUUCUUUGGUAAUAGGAUGGAUGGAGAAACAUACAUCAACAAAAAUGUUAGUAUAA